AUGGGGAGAUCCGGCGGUACCCUUAGUCGGGAUUUAGAACGCAAAAUAUACGAUCGUUUGUGUUCUCUUCGUGACACAAAUCGCCAUACAGAAAUUGAGGAAUGGCCCGUAUCGACAAGGCGUGCAGUACAAUUCGUUCAAGAUAGAGACCUAACUUUAAGAAGGUUAAAACGUCCUAUCUUGGAAAAAACUGUUGAGAAAGUUUUGGACAUAAUGAAGGCAGAAGACGACGAAUCCUCUGCAGCGGAUCAAGACGCUGUUCUAGUGGAGAGUGAUCCUGAAGAUUUAAAUUCAUCAAGGUUGAUGGAAGUAAAGGAUACGAACGUUGUGAACAAGAGCAUCACCAGUCUUUGGAAUACAACAAACCCUACUACAGAAGAAGAGAAAAGACCAAGUAGUCAGGAAAAUACAAAGAGAAAAGAUCGCCGGUCGAAGACUUCAACUAGUGCUAAACGACUUAAAAGUACCGAAGCCUCAAGGGAACCACCCACUGGUAUUUCUUUAAAAGACGUCGGUGGCCUUGAUGAAUGUAUAACCGAGCUACUUGAAACGGUAGCAAUGCCAAUUAAACACCCGGAAGUUUACCAGCACACUGGUAUUCAACCCCCAAGAGGUGUUUUAUUACAUGGUCCACCUGGUUGUGGUAAAACCAUGCUCGCCAACGCUCUUGCUGCUGAACUUGGAGUUCCCUUUCUUUCGAUUUCUGCUCCAUCCAUUGUUUCUGGAAUGUCUGGUGAAUCCGAGAAAAAGGUUAGAGAUGUAUUCGAAGAAGCGAAAUCUUUGGCUCCUUGUUUAAUGUUUAUUGAUGAAAUUGAUGCCGUUACUCCAAAGAGAGAAAGUGCGCAACGAGAAAUGGAGCGAAGAAUUGUUGCUCAAUUCUUAACUUGUAUGGAUGAGCUGUCUUUUGAAAAUACAGAAGGAAAACCUGUAUUGGUAAUAGGUGCUACUAAUCGUCCUGACUCUCUUGAUAGUGCAUUAAGACGGGCUGGUCGAUUUGACAGAGAGAUUUGCUUAACUGUUCCAAAUGAGGAGUCAAGAGAGAGAAUUUUGCGUACGAUGGCAAAGGGCCUACGUUUAAGUGGAAACUUUGACUUUCGCCAGUUGGCUAAACAGACUCCUGGAUACGUGGGUGCCGACCUUAAAGCAUUAACGUCUUCAGCUGGUGUUUCUGCAAUAAAACGAAUUUUCAAUGAACUGACUGUUUCAAGAAAAGACUCUGAAGACCCCAAUGCUAUGCUUACGGAUCAAGAGGAAAUAACAGUAGACAUGGACACUGUUGAUGAUGAUAAUGAAGAUAUGCACAUGUCUGUGAUUCAAAGGUACUUAAAUACCCAUCCUGAUCCUUUGACCCCAGAAGAAUUGAAACCAUUGGCCAUAGGACCCCAAGAUUUUGUAGAGGCUCUUACGAAGGUACAACCAUCAUCAAAGCGUGAAGGAUUUGCUACUGUCCCUGAUAUUACCUGGUCUGAGGUGGGCGCUUUGAAGUCCAUACGUGUAGAGUUACAGAUGGCCAUCGUUCAACCUAUAAAAAGACCAGAACUGUAUAAAAGUGUGGGUAUAACGGCACCAUGUGGUGUAUUAUUAUGGGGUCCACCAGGGUGCGGUAAGACACUCUUAGCUAAGGCUGUUGCAAAUGAGAGUAAAGCAAAUUUUAUUUCCAUUCGAGGGCCUGAACUUUUGAAUAAGUACGUUGGUGAAUCUGAAAGAGCGGUUCGUCAAGUUUUUGCUAGAGCUCGUGCUUCUUCUCCUUGUGUAAUUUUCUUUGAUGAGUUAGAUGCUAUGGUUCCUAAACGUGACGACUCCUUAUCUGAAGCAUCGUCUAGAGUAGUCAACACAUUAUUAACCGAACUCGAUGGAUUAAAUGAUCGUUCCUCUGUUUAUGUCAUUGCAGCUACGAACAGACCUGAUAUCAUUGAUGCGGCUAUGUUGCGACCUGGACGUUUGGAUAAAACGUUGUUGGUUGAUCUUCCUGACGCUCAUGAAAGAGUGGAGAUAUUGAAAACCAUAUCGAAAUCCACACCUUUAGAUACAGAAAUCAACUUGGAAUUAAUUGGUCGUGAUGAAAGGUGCAGUAAUUUUUCUGGUGCUGAUUUGGCAGCGUUGGUCCGCGAAGCAGCGGUAACGGCUCUUCGUUCAGCAGUUUUCCAAGACAUAGCUUCCAAUGAGCCAGAGGUAACUCAACAUUCAGCGAAUGCACCAAUCCGUGUAACAAUGGCCGAUUUUGAUCUUGCUUUCAAAAAUAUUAGACCCAGCGUGUCCGAUCGUGAUCGUCAAAAAUAUCAACGACUUGCGAAGAGAUGGUCAUCUGCUUCGCAAGAUGUCGAAUAA